UCAUUUUGUUUUCAGGAAAAGUCAAUUGGACUGGAUUACAUGCUCAAGCAAUACAUAAUAUUAUUUUAAAUUUAAAUUUAAACAAAGAGGAUUAUUUAAGAAACCAAACCAGGAGGUUCCAAAGUGUUUUACGAAGAUCACAGUAUGCUCACCUGAUCAACAUAGAAAUGUCACAGAUUCAAUAUUUUGAAUCAUAUGCUGAUGUAUCAGACACUAUUACUGCUCAUUUUGUGAUUCAACUUAAGAAUGAUACUUCUCCUGAUGAUCUAAAUUUGGUUAACUUAAAUAUUUACUUGGCUCAACAAGAUAUAAGACCAUAUUCCACGACUACUUUCCGUGUGGGAGAAGUGAGAAGAUUUUAUGGAUCAGCUUUGCUGGCUGCUAGUGCUGAUGCUGUUAUUUCUGAAUUUUCCGUUUUAUUUGAUAUGACAAAGAUUUUGCAAAUCUACAACAAAUUAUACCAAACUUCCGUGGUCAACUUAAAAAUUCAGCCCGCACUUCAAAAUGGAUCAAGACCAGUUACGUUUGAAGUUAUCAUGUCAAAUUAUGAUGUUAUAUUUCCUAAAGACCUGCAAAAUCAAUUAAAUGCAAUUAAUGCUGCAUUAGCAGAUAGUGUUAUUGGUAAUAACACAGUUAAUAUUUACUUUGAUCUUCCACCACUUCCAAUAUUUAUUGAAUUGAACGGUGAAAUCUCUUACACUGGUGUUUCAAAUAUAUUUCUUGACUUCAUUAUAAAGGAUAACAAUCAAACAUAUUUCAUUAGAGAAAAAGACCAAAUUCAAACGCAGCUUAACACAGUGUUUAGAGAUUCCAAUGUGCCUGCACUAGUUAAUGUUCAAUAUUUUGCACCAUAUCUGUCUAAUGGAUUAACUGCACACUUUAUUAUUUCAACUCAACUUCAAUAUGGUGAAUCUGUACGAAGUGUUCUUCAGCAAUUUAAUAACUGGCAGUUAAAUUCUAAACAAAUUAUCCCUGAGAGCGUUUACAUCCCAACCUCUCGUCAACUUCUUGGGGAAUUUUUCGUCAAAAACAUUUCUGAAGUACAAGGACAAGAGCUGGUGAAGCUUCCGAUGAACAACACUACAUUUACACGAUUUGCUUCUUCAUUGCUACAUUUGUUUAAUGAAAAUUUUAAAAAUCAAAGUCGAAUUGUUUCACUAAAUGUGACAAAUGCAUUUCAAACAUUAAAUGAAAAAGUUAAAGUUUACAUUCAUUUGACGCUUGGUGUAAAUGAUAAAAAUGAUCCGAUCAACAUGACAAAUGACUUCAGAAGAGUUCUUCAAGCUCAUCCAAAUUUAACAGGUCCAAUUAUAGUUGAUCCAACAAAUGCAAACAUAACUGUAUAUCUUGCCCCACCUCCCAAACCUGUUGUCACAUUUACGGGUUCCAUCACAUUCCCACUCGUUCCACCAACAACCCAUGUCAUAUCUGCUUCAAUUGACAACUCAAGCUCAAGUUUUCUGGAACAAGUUAAUAGUUGCACAACUAUGCUAACAAGAUCAUUAAGUGCAUUUGAAAGUAUUUAUAAAAUACAAGUGGAAACUCAAUAUUUUGCACCAUAUGGUUUGCAAGGACUUACUGCUCACUUUAAAAUAGAAACAACAAACAAUGACACUGAAUUCUUAAAACAAAUAUUAGUUGAUUCUGCAGUAGGAAAUGGGUAUCUGCCAAAUUCUGUGAUUGUUCCAUCUGAAAGAAAUUUUUACUUCGAAUCAAAUAUUGAAGGAUUGAAUGAAACGGAAACUGGGCAGUUAUUAGACAAUGGUAGUAGGUUUUAUGACAAAGUAGGAAGAGCAGUUAGUGAAAAACUUUUGUUUGAACUCCAGUUCCUCAGCUCAUUGGUGAUAGACAGAUUUGAGAUCAGUAAUGGUGGCAUUUUAAGGAUGGUUGCAAAUGUAACAAUGAACUCAAAUCUUCAUUAUGAUCCAUUUCAAUUGACACAGUUUGUUCGAAACAUGAUGAACAAUCUGUACCCAAUAUCAGUUGACUUAAGUGAAAAUGAAGAACAAUCUUUGGAGUCGAAUACAUCACAUGUUGUUCGACGUAGACAGAUUGAAACUGGGGAUAUGGCAUCCUUUAUAAUCAGCCUAAACAGUACAGAUUUAAACAUCACAACUUAUGUGUUUCCAAUAAUUCCUCCAGAAUACACCGUGUUUAUUGGACGUUUACCUUUUAAUGGACCAACCACAGCAGAAAGGAACAACUUGCCAAAACUGAGCGACAGUAAUAUUAAAACACAGCUUAGCGAGUUUUUCAAUCUAGCAAUUCCUGAACAAUUGGUAUCAGUCCCACCAACAAAGGCAGAAGCUCAAUAUUUUCAACUUGGUGUCUCUCCAAAAGUCAUUCUGCAUUUUAGGCUCACCUACCCAGUUGAUCAAGACAUUGAACCAAUUCUCAUUAAAUUGAGAAAAUGGCCUUUGCUGUCAUGGCAACCAACCACAGUCAGCAUUGUCAACAAAUCUUUGAUCGACCUUGGCCCGCAUCUUACACGAGAUUUCAUUGGCGAAGUUGAUGUGAUUAAUCCAGCAGAUAAUUCCCUCACAACUGCCCAAGAUAGUGAAUACUUUGUUGAUUUGUUUACAAGCGCCAUUAAUGUGAAUGAAACAAAAGUUACUGCAUCAUUUUCCAAAUUUGAAACACUUUACAACAGCACUGUUCGUGCAAAGGUGUGGAUUUCAAGUCUUCCUGGGUUUGAUCUCACACCAAGAAGUCUAACUAAUGAUGUGAGAAUCUUUAGAGAAACACAUCCAAGAUAUUUAUUAAAUAAAACUUCUCUGAUAGUGAAACCACGCCCCCCUCCAGAAGUGAUGACUCCACCCCAAGAUAAAAUCCUGGUUGGUUACGUGGUUUUAAAAGAAGCAGUAAUUUCUGAUGUCAUCGAUCUUUACCCAACCAUUGAUGAAUUAGUUUUCAAUACAUACAGCCAAAAGGUUAUGAAUUGGAUUGCAACAUCAUUGGAAAAUAAGACAUAUCAACAUGUGGUUGAAUACUUCCAACAUUUACCUAACCAGUCAUUACUUGCUCAUGUAAAACUUACACAACCACAUGAUGAUAAUACAACUGCUGCACAGAUAGAGAAAAUGUUGAAUCUAAAUACAACGAAUAAUAUAGAAAGUUUUAAGCUUGGAGAACCUCGUACAUUUGUUGGAUCAUUGGAUUUUUUUAUGAACACUUCUGUUACAACAAAUAAAACACAGAACGAUUUAGUGGAUUUGCUUGAUAGCAUUCUGCCUGGUACCUUGCAUUUUGUGAAAAUGGAAAGAACUAUCAACAACUCAAUGCGAAUUAACUUUACAUUGACUUCCAAUCCCAAUGUACCAAGUCUUGCUCACAACUUACAAAGAGAUGGAAGAAAAGAAUUAAAAAAAAUAACUUCAAACAUAAAAAAAGAAUUAAAAAUAUUACCAGAUUCAUUAAUAGUAAGAGUGCCCGGACCAUUUAUUAGUUCAAAUACAGCGAAGACAAUGAUUGGUUCAUUUGUUAUCAGUAAUCUUACGUUAUCUGAAGUUAUUGAUAUGUGGAUGAACAAAAGCUCGCAAACUGCAAACCAACACCUGUCCAUUUACCUACCAAUGUUUUUCCAACUUAGUUUUCCUCUUUCUGUGGAUUAUUUUGAACCAACAAACAGCUCAUCUCUUAAAGUUCAAUUCUCAAUAACAGUGCCGUGGAAAACAUCAGUUGAAGCUGCAUACUCCAUGUUCAACAAUGCAAGCAGUUCAACAAACACAAGUAUGGACAAUUUAAAAUUGCAUGUCACAAGAUCUUUUGCUGCUCAUAUAGAAGCCACAACUAAUAAUACUUCACCAGAAACAAUACAGGAUAUUAACUCAGCUUUGGAGAACACAGCUGUUGCUUCCUCUUUCCCAAUCGGGGAACAACCUAAUAUAAAAUAUUGGAACACGGAAAUUAAUCAACUAAAUCAACAUUUUUUGAAACCAAAUUCAAGUGAAGGGGAUGGAACUUGGGAUAGAAGAAAUAUAAAAAAAACAAUUCAAUUUAAACUUAACAUGUCUCCUAAUCAACAAUCUUCACCUGAAAUUCUCUACAAUAUUCUCUAUGAAAAUCUGGUGGCGAAUUCAUCCCUGGACUUCUUCAAUCUUUCCACUUUACGAGUUUAUGUUCCUCCACCACAAGUGUCAAUUCAAGCAUCCACCAACCUACAAGUGUCAACACAAGCAGCAACUUUGCCACAGCCAACAACUACAAUACCAGUAACAACCCAGUCAGCAGAUGCAGUUUACGAUGCUGUGGUUUAUGUGCAAUUGCAAAAUAGGGAAGCAUCGAAUGACACAUUCAAAAAUAUAACUGGAGAAGUUUUGGAUGCUAUGAAAAGAGCUUUUACAGAAUCUAACCGAACAUACUAUGUGUAUGGAGAUGGUGCUGAUUAUGAAGUGUCACCAGAGGAAAAAGAUGAUGAAGAAUCGGUUUUAUUAAGGGUUAGUUUUAAAGUCCAGUUUUACAAUGAUGAACCAGAUGAUACAGGAGCAGAACCAGAAGUACCACCGCAUGAUAUAGUCCAUGAAGAAGUACAAAACACAUUCAGAAAGUUGCCAGAUAUUGUUAAACUUAGCAGGGGAAAUAUAAAUCCUGAUAAAACAUUCAUUGGACCAUUCAAUCCAUGUUUGGAUGAUUUGAGACAAGAUUGUCAUAUAAAUGCAUAUUGCAUUGGAAAUAUGACUGCACGAUCAUACACAUGUGUUUGCAAAAGUGGAUUUACUGACCAAAGCACAUUUCUACCUGGUAGAAACUGCACACAAGUUGCAGAAUCCAACACGAUGGUGCUAAUACUGAUCAUUUUGGCUGUAGUAUUGAUAGCAGUAAUUGCUGCUCUGGUGUUUAUGGUUUACCGUAAAGUUACAGCACAAGCAAGCUUUGCAGUUACUGCAGCAGCCAAUGCUGUAUAGUCUACAUCAUCCAUCCUGGUUUAUUCGAACAUAUAUUUUCAAGGAUAUUCUUGUUUCAGCAGUUUGGAUAAACAGUUUCAACUACUUCUACAUAAAAAUGAUUUUUUAAUCUCUAGUUUUGUAAAUUUUGUAGUACAAAUAAAUAUUUAAAAUAAUUGGGUUAAAAAUGUGGUUUCAUAAUAUUUUCCGGAAAGGAAAUUGUUGAUGCUAAAACAAU